AUGACUUUUGGUGUAAAGUCAAAUUUGGACAAAAAACUUGACUUAUCCUGUCAUUUGGAGUUUUAUAGCACGGGUUAUGACCAAACCACUGAACAAUGGUCAAAGGAAAAAAUGAUGAAGUAUAAACCUCUUGAAGAUGGUAAUGAUGUAGUAGAUCCUUAUAUGAUUGUGAUGAAAAAAGAGAAUGACGGAUACCGUCGACUUUAUGGCAACGACGUUAGAAAUAGAUUGAUAAAAACGAAAAAAGUUGCUUUAGAUCUAACGCAAGUUUACCUAAUGCAACCUUUUAUCGGGGUUGCAUUAGCUUAUUUUUGUUAUAGUGCUUCUAAUAGCAGGGCUGUUAGAAGCGAGUGGAUCUUCAAAAAGAAGACCAACAUGGAAGGAAAAGUGCAAACUUUCAAAGAACGACUUGUCGCGAAAGGGUAUACUCAAAUUCAAGGCAUUGACUAUGAGGAUACCUUUUCGCCAGUUGCUAAGAUCAAAUCUAUUAGGAUUUUCAUGGCCAUAGCUGCAUAUUCUGACUUUGAGAUAUGGAAAAUGGAUGUCAAAACUGCUUUCCUUAAUGGAUAUCUUGAGGAAGAUGCCUAUAUGGAACAACCUGAAGGAUUUGUCAAACCAGAUAACCUAAAGAAGGUGUGA